AUGAUCAGUUCUCUUCAUGCCGCCCAGAGGCUGGAUUCGAGAGGCAAUCCAACAGUUCAAGUUGAGCUCACCACUGAAAAAGUUCCUUCCGGGGCCUCGACUGGUACUCACGAAGCUGUCGAACUACGAGACGGUGACGAUUCUGCCUACGGCGGCCGGGGCGUAAAGAGAGCUGUUUCCAACAUCGAAAAUGUCAUCGGCCCUGAGCUAGUCAUGAGUGACUUCAGGGUUGAUACCGAUCAGAAGAAAAUUGAUCAUUUUCUUAAAGCUCUUGAUGGGACGAAAAAUAAAGCCAAGCUUGGUGCAAAUGCGAUCCUAGGCGUGAGUAUGGCCUGUGCCAGGGCUGGUGCAGCACAUUCGGGUGUUGCUUUAUACGAAUUUAUUAGGCGGGAAGCUGGUGGGAAAAAGCCAUUUGUCAUACCUGUUCCCUUCUUUAACGUCAUCAAUGGUGGGGUGCAUUCAGGAAACAGUAUGGCUUUCCAGGAAACCAUGAUUGCCCCAAUUGGCGUGGCCUCGAUGGCUGAAGCUGUCCAAAUGGGCAGUGAGGUCUACCAGCAUCUGAAAAAGGUCAUUGUUGAGAACUUUGGAUCUGCUGCCAUCGGAAUUGGAGAUGAAGGAGGCUUCGUUCCUCCAAUUUCGGAACCCCACGAGGCAUUAGAUCUAUUAGUGCAGGCAGUAUCAAGUGCUGGAUAUAGUGGCAAGAUUAAGUUUGCGAUCGACCCUGCUUCCAGUGAGUUCUUCCGGGAGGGUAAAUACGGCCUUGGCUUCAAAAAAUCACCGAACAUAAAAACACCCAAGGAACUGAUGGUUCUCUACGAAUCGUUACUGGAGAAAUAUCCCAUCAUCCUACUCGAAGACCCUUUUGCGGAGAAUGACUGGGACAGUUGGACAGAAUUCAACAAGGUUUGUCUAGUCGAACUGGUCGGUGAUGACCUGCUCGUCACAAAUACGGAAUAUGUGAAAAUGGCAAGAUCCAAAAACGCCUGUAACGCUAUGCUGUUGAAAAUCAACCAAAUUGGCACAAUUUCAGAGGCAAUCGAAGCAGCAAAUCUCGCCUACAGCUAUAACUGGGGGGUCUUUGUUUCUCACCGCUCUGGAGAAACAACUGAUGACUUCAUUGCAGAUCUGGUAGUGGGGCUGCGAACCGGCCAUAUCAAAUCCGAUGCACCCUGUCGUGGGGAGCGAAUUGUCAAAUACAAUCGGCUCAUGGAUAUUGAAGCUGAAAUUCUGGGAGAUGGUGAAAAGUGCUUGUUUGCCGGAUCACAAUUCAAGAAUGCAAUCAAAUGCUAG